CUUACUAGGUGACUAUGAUUAUGGUCCAGUAGGUACAGUACGGGCGGAGUAAAAUCAAUACGGACAUUCACAACUACCGCCAAUUAUUAUUUUCGACUUUUUUCCUCUUUUUUCCUCUUUUGCCUUUUUCCCUAUCUUUAUCGACGCUACCGCUAACUGACUAACUACCACCUUUCUCUCUCUUUCUCUCUUUCCUCUCUUUCCAUACAUCAUUCUUCCUCCUCCUCUCCUCCUCCUCCUCCACUUACUUCCUCCAAACUCCACAUUAACUUCAAUCCCCUACUACUUCCUUUUUUCCUUUUUCGUCUCCUUCCUCUUUCCUUUCUGUCUUCGCCCGCUUCUCGUCUCGUCUCGUCUCGUCUCGUCUCGUCUCGUUUUUCUAUCGUCCAGCAAAAAUUCAACCUUACUUUCGUUCUUAUUACUUCGCACUUUGGUUUUGAAGAGGGCAGGGCUUUUCAAUCUCUUAAUAUUUCCAAAAAAAGAGUCAAAUGGCUACCAUAGUCAUCACCGUAUGACGAAUUUGUUGGAUUAAUUGACUGGUUGAUUAAUCGAAUUCAUUCAAUGGGAUACCUUGAUUGAUAUCUCAUAUACUAAUCCCGUUCGUUUGCAAUACAGCAUUCCAUCCUCCAAACAUUCCGUUAGCGGUGGUCCAGCAACAGCUAAGACAUAUAUCAUCAUCGAUAAUCAUACGAUUGAAAUAAACCAUUAAAGUCGACUCGGAGAUACUCACUCCUCAAAAGUAACCCAUCAUGUUUCACUCACGAGAUUUUUAUCGACUUGGGGUCGUUGCCAUAUUCAUUUUCGCCCUGGUCGAACAUGUCAACGGAAUUGCUAUGGAGUAUUGUUCAAGCUUGAAUACUGCCACUACCAGUGGAAGUAGGUGAACCCGCAUAGAUCAAUCUGGGAUAUGCCCUUGCUGAUCUUACCUCUAUAGAUUCCUCUAUUUACCAGUCGGAUGGUCUCUGUCACGAUUUCUGCGCCGGUGACUAUGCAUUUGCUAUAGUGCAAGCUGAAUAUUGUUGGUGUUCGAAUUAUGCACCUGGAACGACGACGUCGACGAGUGACUGCAGUUCUCCAUGUCCAGGUUACCCAGAUGAUACUUGUGGCGGCAGUGGUACGUACGGUUAUAUGGGAUUGGGAUUAUCUCCAUCUGGGACAAAAGGUGCUACGACAUCAUCAACUUCUUCAUCUACGACGGUCAGUACCCCAAAUACAAUCUUUUCUUCCCUUUUUUCCCCUUGACUUCUCAAUUCUACCAGUCUUGUCAACAUUUAUAUUGUUUGCAACGUGCCUUGACUGGCAAUCAAUUUGACUCUUUUUCAAUGCUAGGUAACUACUUCGAGCUCGAGUCCUGUUGAAGUGACAACAACCGUCACUGAAAUCUCUUCCAUCGAUCCACCCGUAUGAGCAUUUCUUCGAUUUUGAGAAUUUCUCGAUUUUUAUCUAUUAUAACAUGGCUAUGAGUUAAAGUUAUCAAGCUAAUUUUCCCGAAUAGAAAACUACUACAUCAACAAGUACCUCGGAAACCUCGGAAACCUCGGAUACCUCCACUACUACAACUCGAUCAAUACAACAAACUACAGUAGCCGCUCAGCAAACAACCGCACCCGCUUCGACAAGUUCUACCUGGACACCAACUCCAAUCAUAUCACUUGAAACUAUCACAGGACAAGUACGUACGGUUACCGUUACACCAACUGCACCACCAAGCGAAUCAAGCACUUCAUCGGUCUCGAGAAAAAGUGCAGGUGGCUUAACAACUGGGGGUGCUGUGGGUCUCACAAUUGGUCUCGUAGCUUUGAUUGCAAUUAUUGUUGGUGUUACAUACUUCUGUAUAAGGAAGAGAAGGCAACAAAAGGCCGAAGAAUACGCUGCCGUCAAUAGUCGAAGGGAAAGCCUAGCUGGUGUAGGCGGACCGAUUCCACCGAGGGGCAUGAGCGAGAAUUCACGAUAUGUUCUUGGUACCGAUGGGAGACGUGUCGUAGAAAGAUGGGAACCAGAAUUAAACACACCUGGAUCGAGAGGAAGUCAAUUAAUGCCUGUGGAUCCAAGAUUAGAUCCGUUCGCUGCCGUUUAUCAACGGGGAGAGAACAAGAGUCGAGAAAGCAUAAACACCAUUCGAGAUGAUCACGACUAUUCUAGGCGUGUUCAUCAACAAGGACCGAUACUUCGAGCUGUCAACCCUGAUCCCGAUUAACAAUGAUUUCCACUUUCCUUUCUCGCCACACGAUAUUACGACCCCUCUACUUUCAUCCUAAAAACAUACACCAUUUGCACGUUUUCACCGCGAUUAGGUGAACGUUGGAGUUUUCAGCGAAACAUAUCGGAUAAUACCCUUACCGAAGAAGCCGGUGAUUAAUUGAAACAUUUGGGACUUGACAUAGAGGAAGCAUGCGCCAGAUAUCAUAUUCAGCACUUAUCAAUUCGAUAAUGGUAAUCGUCAGGCUAUAUGUCUACCAGCCCUUGGUGUGGGUUUCGAAUUUUUCUUUUUACUUUUCAAACUGUAUUUAUAGAUUUUCACGCGCAUACGCGGUAGCCUUGUUCUGGAUGAGAUACUCAGAAAGAGAUAUCUUCUAUCCUUUGGACUCGAUUGAGAUGCACAUACGUGCCAGGUUGGGGUUUGAGAGGAAAUGGGUAAAAAGCAGAUGGGUGAUUGUACAUACAUUGGGGAUUGAAAAUUAAUUCCUCUUAGGAAUACUUCUGGCUUGUGAAUGAGUUGCUGGGAUAGAUGUAGAUGGAUAAGAAAGGAACAUGGGGACUGGGACUUUCCAGCGAGACAUACAUGGACAUACAAUAUUAAAUA